GGGCCUGGCCCAUAAUAGAAGCUUAUUGCUUGCUGCCUCAGAAGUCAGAUCAGAAGCUUGACCCAAAAAAGGAAAAGAAAAAAGACCACCAAUGGUUUACCGAUGACGAUGAUGAUUGGACAAUGGGAUUCUGCGAAAGAAAGGUAUGCGGUAACUUGAGGCUACUGAGCAAAAAUUCCCCCGGCUCUUCUAACACGAUGUACUCUGCUUCGGCCAUUUCGUUACCAACGUUUCGUCUCCAUUGUAGUAUUCCGACAGAGCUAUCAUCAUGCCGUCCCAAGUUGAGCCGAAUUCAGACAAACCCAUCCAUCGGGAAGCCCGUCCAAGUCCCUUCUCCGAAUCUCGCUUCUUUCGAUGGAGGCCUUAAUGAAGCUUUUCAACGGCUGGACGUCAACGGAAACAACUCUCCAAUCGAAGCCUAUGCCUACCUUCUCGAGCUUUGUGGUAAAAGCAGAGCUCUCUCUCAAGGUCGGCAGCUGCAUUCCCGCCUUUUCAAGACUUUCCCUGCUUUUGAAUUUGACUUUCUGGCCGGUAAGCUUGUCUUUAUGUACGGUAAGUGUGCUUCUCUGGAUGACGCAGAGAAAGUGUUUGACGAAAUGCGUGACAGAACUGCCUUUGCCUGGAAUGCGUUGAUCGGAGCCUAUGUUUCGAAUGGUGAACCUGCUUCCGCUCUCUUUAUCUACCGGAAUAUGCGUGUGGAGGGCGUUCCUCUCGAUCUUUACUCUUUUCCUGUCUUGCUUAAAGCCUGCGGCAAACUUCGAGACAUCAGGAGUGGCACUGAGCUUCAUUGUAUGCUCGUUAAACUUGGCUUCAAUUCAACAGGUUUUAUCGUCAAUGCGUUGGUUUCCAUGUAUGCUAAGACUGAUCACCUAAGCGCAGCUAAGCGUCUCUUUGACGCAUCCCAAGAGAAAGGAGAUGCUGUUCUCUGGAAUUCUAUUUUGUCUUCAUAUUCCACGUCUGGGAAAUCUCUGGAGACAUUACAAUUAUUCAGAGAAAUGCAAAUGACUGGUCCUGCCUCCAACAGCUACACUAUUGUUUCUGCUCUCACAGCCUGUGAAGGUUUUUCAUAUGCAAAGCUAGGGAAAGAGAUCCACGCUGCUGUCCUGAAAUCAACUCACUCUUUUGAAGUAUAUGUGUGCAACGCCUUGAUUGCUAUGUAUGCCAGGUGUGGUAAAAUGCUUGAGGCAGGAAGGAUCCUUCGUCUGAUGAAUAACGCUGACGUUGUCACAUGGAAUUCUCUGAUUAAGGGAUAUGUCCAGAAUCUCAUGUACAAGGAGGCCUUACAGUUCUUUUGUGAUAUGAUCGCUGCUGGCCACAAACCCGACGAGGUUUCAUUGACCAGUGUCAUUGCAGCGUCAGGAAGAUUAAGCAAUCUGUUGGCAGGAAUGGAAUUGCACGCUUACGUGAUUAAACAUGGCUGGGAUUCCAAUUUGCUGGUUGGGAAUACGUUGAUAGAUAUGUAUUCAAAGUGCAACCUCACAUGUUACAUGGGCCGUGCGUUUCUUAUGAUGCAUGAAAAAGAUCUUAUUUCAUGGACUACAAUCAUUGCUGGUUAUGCCCUGAAUGAUUGUCAUGUAGAGGCCUUACAACUCUUCCGGGAUGUUGCUAAGAAAAGGAUGGAGAUUGAUGAAAUGAUGCUGGGAAGCAUCCUUCGAGCUUGUAGUGUGCUGAAAUCCAUGCUCAUUGUCAAAGAAAUUCAUUGUCACAUUUUGAGAAAAGGUUUAAUUGAUACUGUGAUACAGAAUGAGUUGGUAGAUGUUUACGGAAAAUGCAGGAACAUGGGCUAUGCUUCCCGAGUAUUUGAAUCAAUCAAAGGUAAAGAUGUUGUCUCUUGGACGAGCAUGAUUUCGUCUAGUGCUCUUAAUGGUAACGAAAAUGAGGCUGUUGAACUCUUUCGACGCAUGGCUGAAACUGGUUUGUUAGCUGAUUCUGUAGCAUUGUUGUGUAUACUGUCAGCUGCAGCAAGUUUAUCUGCCCUCAAGAAAGGGAGGGAAAUUCAUGGCUACUUACUCCGGAAGGGUUUUUGCCUAGAGGGGUCCAUUGCAGUUGCAGUUGUUGACAUGUAUGCAUGCUGUGGAGAUUUACAGAGUGCAAAGGCUGUAUUUGACCGGAUAGAAAGGAAAGGUUUGCUGCAAUACACAAGUAUGAUCAAUGCAUAUGGAAUGCACGGCUGCGGAAAAGCAUCUGUUGAGUUGUUCAAUAAAAUGAGGCAUGAAAACGUCUCACCCGAUCACAUUUCAUUUCUGGCACUUCUUUAUGCGUGCAGCCAUGCAGGUCUGCUUGACGAGGGUAGAAGAUUUCUCAAGAUCAUGGAACUUGAAUAUAAAUUGGAACCAUGGCCUGAACAUUACGUGUGUCUGGUUGACAUGUUGGGUCGUGCAAAUUGUGUAGUGGAAGCCUUUGAAUUCGUCAAAAUGAUGAAAACAGAACCAACUACAGAAGUCUGGUGUGCACUCCUUGCGGCAUGCCGAUCUCACUCAGAGAAAGAAAUUGGAGAGAUAGCUGCUCAGAGGCUUCUUGAGCUAGAACCUAAGAAUCCGGGAAAUCUUGUGCUUGUAUCUAAUGUCUUUGCUGAACAAGGAAGAUGGAACGAUGUAGAAAAAGUGAGGGCAAAAAUGAAAGCAAGUGGAAUGGAGAAACACCCUGGAUGUAGUUGGAUUGAGAUGGACGGCAAGGUUCAUAAAUUUACAGCAAGAGACAAGUCUCACCCAGAGACCAAAGAGAUAUAUGAGAAAUUGUCCGAGGUUACUAGGAAGUUGGAGAGGGAAUCAGGUUAUCUAGCCGAUACAAAGUUCAUUCUGCAUAAUGUAGAUGAAGGGGAGAAGGUUCAGAUGCUGCAUGGACAUAGUGAGAGGCUAGCAAUUGCUUAUGGUCUGCUCAGAACACCUGACCGAGCCUGUCUCCGGAUCACAAAAAAUUUACGCGUCUGUAGAGAUUGCCAUACUUUUUGUAAGCUGGUCUCUAAGUUAUUCAGACGAGACAUUGUGAUGAGGGAUGCGAACAGAUUUCAUCAUUUUGGAAGUGGACUGUGUUCUUGCGGAGAGUCUUGGUGACCAAACUUUGACAAAGCAUAUGUUCAUCAAUCCAGACCAAGAUUAUUAAUUAUGUCAUUAGGUCCACAUAGCUUCACAAGGGUUGCAUAUGGCUAUUUGCAUGUGUCCCACCAAGAGAAACAAGUGAAGUCGUCAUCUUAGGAGGGAAUGACUGCCUUUUUUGCACCAUAGAAGGGAAAGAGAGAGAUAGCAAGGGAAUUCAAAGUAAGAGACUAAGAGAGAAGAUGGAGACCUGAUUAAGAGGAAAAAAGUUAAGGCCUAUCAGCAAUUAAAAGCAGGAAGCAGAGACCUAGACACCAAGCUAGGGAUAGAGUCGUCUAACUAGGCUGUUCAGCAGAGACCUUGAGGAAACAUAGGAGGGUGAUUAAGGCAAAAACCUAAAGUUGUGGUCCUUUAGAUACAUGGAGUCAAACUAAGAAUGGACCUUGGCGAAAGCUUCUUCAUGGUCAAGAUUUAAAAUCAGGUACGACACUGUGUACGUGAGAGAGGGAGAGAGAGAAAGAGAUUAGAGAAAGAAAGAGAUGUAUCACAAUAAAGGAGUAUAUUUAGGGUCACAGGUGGUGGAGAUAUAGGUAUUUUGAAGACAAGUCCACAAGGGAACAAGUGAAGCUGCCAGCAUGAUCUAUCUUUGGUUAAGAGAUGAAUGUGUAAACAUAUUGCUUAAACCCAAGCUAGGUCAUGCUCUGACAGCCUCACUCCUUCCUGGUUUAGGACCAUUCACUGAUAAAGCAUUCCACAUGCCGAUUGAAAGAAAAAUAAAGUCUUGUACGCACACAGUUCAGACUACACGAAACCGUUCAGUUUGAAAGAAAUUUGAAGCCAGUGACCAUAACCUCGUGUUCAACGACUCUUUUGAUCAGAUUGGUGGGGAAUCAUCAAGGUUUA